AUUAAUAAAUAAAUAAAAUUACUAAUUCAUGACGUCGCCCUUUAAAUCCCUAACUAAAAUCCCUCAGUUAUCAUCAGUCUGUUGCUCUUCCGAUCCAAAGACAGAGAUCCAUUAUAGCAAAGGAAAGAGACGACGCACACUCGGUAAUACAUAUAUGAUUCGUCCUCGAACCCUACUGUUUUACUACUCAAACUCAUCAUCAAUCUCUCACAUUUCACACCGAUGGAUUUCUUCCACAACACAACUCCAAGCUUCAUGGAUUAACAAGAUUAAAGGUGCAUUCACCGGCCAAAAAACCAGCUCCGAUGCCGCCAAUAUACCCACCUCCGACUCAUUCACUCUCCUUCAAUUUGCGGAUCAAUUGGGCAAAGCGAGGAAGUUGGGGACUCUGAAGCAGUAUAUAGUAGGGAGAAGUAGUGAAGUUACAUUUGCUGAUGCUUUUGAGAAGCAGCAAGGUAUUCUUCAAUAUCUUGGUGCAUUGGAUCCCACUGGAGAGAAUCUUCAAACAAUUCAAAAGCAAGAGGCAGCAAAACAUUGCAAGUGCACAAUAGUUGAUGUCGAGAAUACGUUGGCAAAGUUUACUUGGGCAAAAGAGGCACAAAAGAAAAUUGAGAAGCUGAAGGAAGAAGGGAAGCCAAUGCCAAAGAGCCUGGCUGAGAUUCAAAAGUUGAUGGGUUCAUCCCCGAUGGAUAUUGCACAAUCAAACUUGGCUAAGAGUGGGCAAAUUAGUAGGAAUGCAUUCUGUCCUUGUGGUUCCAAGAAGAGAUACAAAAGGUGUUGCGGGAAGGAUUCAACAAGUUAAAAGGAGAGGUUUAAUCAACAAUUAGCUAGAGAUGAAGGGCAGACAUGUCCAAAAGAAGAAAUUCUUAUAUGGUCGGAUGGCAUUUUUUCCUUUGUCUUAAGCCAAUCGAUUGCUGUGUCGUUUAAUAAUGUUUUUAAGAUAAAAUAUUCUUAUUGAAAAAUUAUAAAAAGUUA